CAAUCAAUCAAGCUGAUUAACCCGCAGUCCUGCAGCUAUUCGCUUCGUGACCCUGCGAGCCUUAAUUGAUUAUUAGCACUAGUUUAUUGGAUUUAUCGGCGGCCUGGGUCGCUAUGGACGAAGACGGUGUUUUAGCUGAAGACUUUGACUGUCCAAGCCUUCUGUGUGAGGAACUGGAAGAUUUGGAGACAAAGAACCACCAGGGGAAGAUAAGCAGCAGCAGGAGGAGGAGGGAAAAAGAAGAGGAAGUGUUCAGUCAGAGGGAGGAUGAAGAGGCACGAGAGGAGAUGGGGCGAGAAGAGGAGGAGGAGGGGGAGGAGAAGAAAGAAAAGAAAGUUGUAUCAGAGAAGGAACUGGUGGCGACAGAGGGAGAAGAGGAGGAGCAGGUGAAGGCUGAGAGUAGGCUGAAUGCGGAGGAGGCACAAGAGGUGCAGAUGGAAAACAAGGAGAUUGAGGACGCCAAGGAAACGAUGGUUGAUAAGCAAGAGAAUAAAGUCACCAAAAGUUUAGAGCAGAAAGACGAGCAGAAGAAGAGUAGGAAGAGGCGAGGUAAGAGGCAAAGUGAGCCGGUGAGAAACAGGAGGGGAGCAAAGGGUGAUGGUCAGAGGUUUGAGGAGGGAAAUAAAAGUCAGAUUCAGGAGGUGCCAGCCACGAGCUCAGAGGAGAGCUCGGCUCUGUCGGAGUCGGCCAUCGGCCUGAUGAACAGCUGUGACUUGUCGGACCCAGUCUACUUGGGUUUUGGGGGGACAGGGCUGUAUUGUCCCCCAGUCCCUAUCCCCCUGCUGUACCCCUCACAGCCUCCAGUCCAGCCGGCACCUCCUCAACCACCCAGGACAAAAAGGCCUCACAGCCCCCUUCUGCCUCACAGCCUCCCCCAGCAGGGCCCACAGCCUCUCGAGAUGGAGAUAACUCAGGUCUACUCCACCCGGCGCUCCAUUCGCUACAGCGCCAGGGGCCGAAGCCGAGCCGUCAGCUUCCCCCUGCUGCCAGGCCUGGAGACGGUGGAUAGCUGCCUGCUGCCCCCUGCACCAAAGAAGAAAACUCGGACACUUUACAGUACAGAUCAGUUGGAACAUUUAGAGGCCCUGUUCCUGGAGGAUCACUAUCCUGACGGUGAGAAGAGGAAAGUCAUCGCUGCAUCAGUCGGUGUCACACCUCAGAGGAUUAUGGUCUGGUUUCAGAACCGCAGGGCGAAGUGGAGGAAAGUUCGCUCCAUCACAGCAAAGGUUGAAAACAGACAGAGUGGAGCUGAUGGCAGCCCCCAUCACCAGAUCAAUCCCACCCUGCCUGCACAGGCACCAAACAAGGGGGCGCCUAUCCCUGGACACUAUGCUACCAAGCUGCCCCAGCUCGCCCCAGCAGUGCCUUCUUUCCCCACCCUCUCCACUCAGACCCCACCCUCCUACAACAACCUUCUCACCAGCUUUAACAGUCCAGGUCAAUGCAGAAUGAGAGAUGCAGGCCAGCACCAACUUUCAUCUCAGGGGGGUUUGACGGAGUAUCACCCCCGCCCCAUGCACAGCCCUCCCCCGCUGCGUCGAGCCAGCCUCCCCCUUUUUACAACGACGUAUAAUCCUGCCAACCCCACGCCGCCUCUCCUCAACACCCCGACCCCCACCCCACCUCUCUUCCUGGACGCCCUGGAGGGUGGCUCCACCUUGGCCCAUCGUGACACCCAGUCUCUGCAGACUGACACCAGUUCACUAUUUGACUUUGCGGAGAAGCUCGACUACCUGACUUCCAACCAGCAGAACAACUCUCUGUCCUACCAGCUCCAGACCUCCUACCACAACAGUCAGCCUCAGCACCAACCACAAGCAUCUCUGCCCCACAUGACUUACCUUACCCCCUCACCCUACCUCACCCCCAACCCUCCAGUUUCUAACCCCACCUCCUACCUGACCUUUGGCCCUGGAGGAAACUCGACUGGUGUCGUGACCUACUCCACUGAGGGUCACACCUAUUUCCAGUCCCAGAGUGCAGGACAAAUCCUGUUGCAGUCAGCUGGUCACCAGAGUGGGAUUGCAGCGUACCAGUCCUACCCCUGGGGUAACAUGUACAGUCAGCCAGCCAUGCACCAGCGUCCUCAGUGCCCUCCUACAUACCCCGCUAGUUUGGGAUCUGCUCAAGACCUCCAGACUCCCUCCACCACCAGCCUGCCUCUCCCUUCAUUCUUCCCGCGGGGGGACCUUGGGCCUUCAUAUGCAAACUCCCAACGAUCAUCAAACAUCCAGACAGACACCACCACCACCACCACCACCACCGUCCUCCCACCUGUGUCGACUCUGCGGCCCUCCUGCCUCAGAACGGAAAGCACUCCAACCAAGGUUUCAUCCCUGCUGUCUUCUCAGGUCAGCUCUGCUUCUCCUGAAAGCCCUCCAGUGCCCCCUUGUGUCAAAAUUGAGCAUGACAGCCCCGGAGAGAUUCACAGUCACUUCCACUGCGACUUCUCCCCCAUACAUUUCUGACUCCGUGUUUGAAUGAGUCUGAAACUGUGUGCGUGUGUUUAAACUAUAUCUGUAAAUAUAAUAGGUGUGAAUGUUUCUGUACUAUAUAUUUGUAUUACUAUUAGGAUGCCCUCAAUAGAAAUGUCCAUGCUGUCAGUGUUGGUUGGUCUGCACUUAGUUGGGUUGCAAUAAAUGCUUAUUGCUCGCUAAAUAAUUUAUUUUUGCAUUUAACUUGCUUUGCUAGUUUUCAAAUGAGGGCUUCCUAGCCUAUUUUUACUUUGGAUUUUUUUUUUACCAAGACAAUUUUUGUUAAGGCUGAACAUAGUGCAGAAUAAUUGCUCUCCAAGCUCUGGAAGUACAUGCAUGGACACUCACAGAUUUCCUAUGUUUCAGUUCAGAAGCACAAACAACUCUUGGUACUGAGUUAAAAAAUGAUAAAGAAAGGAAAGAGCGCAAAAGAACGAGAGCAGGCAAGCAUAAACAUAUCUGAAACUUGACUUCAUUUGGUUUGUAAAAAUGUACGAGGAGCACUCAGCGGUUGGCCUCACAUUGGAUUUCAUGUACUGGUGGUUUCAAGGUGGUUAUGGAAAAGCUGCAUGCAUGUGAUCUACUGUUGCUAAAAAUCAGUGUGUUGCUGGUGGUCAUGAUGGGGAGAGAUGAGAGAAAAUCCAGCACUGACAGGCUGUGAUGCAUUCAAGGUAGUAAUGGCACCAGUGGACUUUAAUAGCCUUUGAAGUUAUGCAAAUAUACAUAUUUGCUCAAUCAUAUGGCUUUGUUGUUGCCUGGCUGCAAAUGUUCCAAGGUUCAGUCCCAGUCUGUGGUGCAGUGGUUGAGAGCCUUUGAUUUAAAUGAGAUGUGCAUAAUGAUGUAGUUUUAAAAGUGUGUUAAAGUAUUGACAAUAUAGUAAAACAAAGUUGUUAAUAAUUGCUGUUGUAACUAUUAAUACCAGAUAGAUACCUGGAAACUUUAUUUAGUCCGUGACGAGCACUAAAUUACAAAAAUGAACACAAAUAGGUCUCUUAGCAACGCCCAAGCAGUGGCCUAACACAAAGUUUCAUUUACUGUUUUAUCCUGAAAAAUUAUGAUGGAGAUAAACAGUUUAUCUUUCAUCUGCUGUUGUUGAAAAUCAAUAUAUUAUAAAGAGUUAUGAGAUAAAAUCUGCACAGACGGACAGUGCUGAGUUUAAAACUGAGUUAGAAAUACGCAAUAAUAGCCAAGUAAGUUUGAUGCUGUUAUUGGCUACAUGGUUAUCUUGCAGCCUAGCAGCAACUGUUCCAAGAAACUUUCAGUCCAUGCCUUUUGUGUUGGAAAAUCUUGAUUUAAAUGAGAAAUUUUGCUACUUCAAGCCUGGCUUUAGCCCACAGGUGGGCACUGCUACUUUGUGUAAGACGACUGCAUGCUGAGAUCUGUAGUAUUAACAGGGUGUUGUUUUUCAGAUGUUCCUCCGUUGGGAGGGGGGGUGAUAUGUGACAGUCUCUAAUCCGAUAGAGGAGAAUAAGAACCGAGUGGUUUCUAGGGUAGAGGUAUCCCAGACAAUCACUGAUACAGCCCAAAUCCUUAAUCUGUGUUGCCAUCUGCUGUGUUCGCACACUUACUGCACUUUCCGCUCUGUUUAUUCUUAGUAUGCAAGUCAGUUACAGGGGCUUGAUGAAACCAAAUCCCUAUAUGAAACUCCGCCUCUGAAAGAGCUGAAGGCAUUUUCCUGAGACUGAAAAACGACAUUUGGGAGUAGUGUCAUUUUCGCUCUUAGUAGUGCAAGUAAAACAAAAAGUUUCUUGUUUUAACUCUAGUUAAUAUUCCUGAUUCGUAGUCCUGCUGUAUGUAAAAGUAAAGUUUGAAGUGAAGCUCGGAUGACGUGGGAGUAAGAGAAGGAACUGUUUGAUGAGAGCGAGGAGGAGGUGGCAGGGACCAAGGGAGUAGAUAAAGGAGGGGGGAGACGGAGGAGUGAGGCAGUGUGUUGGUCUGGGAACAAGGGAGGAGAGCUGAGAUGAGCUGUUGCUAUGGGAGGAGAAGAGGAUGAUGGGUGGGCUCUGCCAGCAGGCGUGGGAGGGAGAAGAAGAUGGGGAUGAAGGAGGAGUGUGUUUGUAGCACAGGGGGUUCUGGGAUGAACAGAACUGUUGGUUAUGUAAGCGCUGUAUUUGGGUUUUUAAUGAACCUCUCUCUUCCUGCUUACUGGCUACUGAGCUGUUACUGUUGGCAGGAGAAGAGCAGCAUAAACACACAUGCAAACACACACAUACACACAAAAACUUCAGUUGCAGUGGAGAAAUUUCUCCAACUCGUGCACAAAGAGACACAUACACACUUUCAGUUCAGGAAUGAAGAGUGAGUGCUCCAUUCAAAGUUGUUUUUUCUCUGGAUUUUAUUGGUGAAGUUGGACUCUCUGUAUGCCUGUUUGCUGUACUGCACGUUCUGGUCUACAUGGUUUCAGACUCCUUCAUAUUUGUGUGUCAGUGAGCUCGCACAUGUGACUGAAGAGAGCUUCAUUUAGGUUUAACUUUGUAAUUAAUUUUUCCAGAACUUCCCUCGUGU